GUGGUGUUCUGUCCCAUUGUUCAGUGAGCCAAUAGUGGCUUUCAGUCGGCCAACAAUGGGAGUCCAUCUGCAAUUGUGUCUGACCCUUCUCCUGGUUCUGGUGGUCAAGGGAUCAAGCGGCACGCACUGCACGGUCGCAUAUAGAACAACAUACUACACGCACAGAACGAUAUGCACCAGACACUUUUGGUGGCAUUGCUGUAGUCACGCUACAGUGCACGACGCCCACAUCAGGACUGCCUACAGACAACAGUGCUGCUCGGGUUGGACUGGAGUCAACUGUAACACAGCCGUGUGCAAUCCGACGUGUGCCAAUGGCGGUACGUGCAUCGCUCCGAACACAUGUUCAUGUAGAGCCGGAUACCAUGGAACGAUUUGUGGAGGACAGUCAUGUAACCACGAGCGGCCAUGUUUCCCUGCGGUUUGCCAGAGCAGUGGCAGUAGUGUUAAAUGUAACUGCGACAGUGGUUUCCAAGGUCAAUUUUGUAAAACGAUGACACAAGAUCAAACCCCACACAUUACUCUCACGCGGGCUCGAAUGUCGUUUUGGAGAAGGGGAGGCAACUCCAAGAACGAAUUGUACGGUCUGUUGGUUGACGCCAGCAGUGGCAAUGGAAGCACCCUCUGGACCAACCAGGAAAAAUUCAACAUGUUGAAUAUCACGGCUGCUGCCAUGUUCAACGGUGCAUCCCUACCACCUCUACCGAGUUUCAUUAAAGCUGCAGAUACAGGCAUUGUGAGCGCAGAGGUGCAGCUUGUGCAAGUGAAGAAGGAUGUUCAUGGUGGAGCGGACGUGGUAAACCUCCGAGAAUCUUACCCCUGUAAUGGAACGAUUGACAGCAACCAUCCCCAGGCACUUGUGCAGUGUUUUGUUGACAAGGAAAACUUUGAUCGGUCAUUAGAAAAUGGAGACAGAUUAACAAUCACGUUCAAGGUUUCGAGUGGGGGAUAUAGGCAGCUGUACGAUACCGAUGCAAAUAAGAUUACUGCCACUGAAAAGUUCCAGGGAAACCAAGUGGAGAAAUCUGUAGCAUUCUACUUUGAUUUCGAUAUGCCAACAUACCAAAGACCUGAUCAAGCAUUCCAUUUGAGUCCCGAAUUCACUAAGGCGCCUAUUACGUUGCGAUGGGAAGGCUGGACAGACACCAACUCUGGGAUGUACAGGUACACUUGGGAGGCUUUCAAACUUGAACCCAAUGGGGAUGGAGACUUGAGGGAGGUGGAUCGACUGCGACCCAUGAUCCAUCAACAAGUUAAACACACAACUCCCAUAGCCUAUCCUCUUCCGUAUGCUCCUGAUGAACCAGGCAUGUAUUCCUUCAUCCUUGAAGCUGCGGACAAGGCCAAUAACUCUGUAUACAUGAGAAGGUUUGCACUUUAUGACAAAGAGUCAAAAGUCACCACGGAUCCAAACCAUGCCCUGAACAUAUCCUCAGCACACCAGGAGAAGUGGUUUCAGUGGAUUACCGAUGUCUCCAAACCUGUUGUUGUGGACUGGAAGAAUCAUUUCAUGAACUAUGUCCAUGAACAUGGCAAAUUUCUCAACAGAAUCCUACCCUUCAAUGUCAAGAUCGUUGACGACCCCCCGAUAUUUAAGAGUGUGGCCAAUAAGAGUGAUGACCACGAAGGAAGAAGGACGACUGCUGCAAUCCCAAACCUAAGAGGUAUUGUCCGGUUCCUGUGGACUAGUGCCAUCAACAAAACCGGAGGGGUAAUCAAAGAGGCACCACCUAACUGGAAUGAUGUUGCUGGAUUGAACACCUCCUUCCAUCUGAGCCUAACUAAAGACAAUGUCACGAGCGGCAGUACCCUCACAGUGUGGAUCAAAGCCCUCGACAUCCUCGACAACUCAAAAGUGGACUCAACAAGUGUCACUUAUGAUUUCACUCCACCCGAGUUCCCAAACAUCAACUUCCACAGAAAUAAACAGUCAAAUAUUCCGUUUAGUUCGAGGUUGGAGUUGUCGGCAAUGGACGAGGAGAGUGGUCUUGGGCAUAUAGAGAUCAAGGUCACACAGCAAAGUAACGGCGUCUCUCUGACCAACAAAACAAUACCCAUGUCAUCUAUUCCUAUGUCCGGGUGCACAGACAGGGUCACGAAAUGCUACUGCCCGAAUUCACUGGACGUAUGUUACAAUCGUGUGAGCACCGUUGCCAUUAGCAACUGUUGGCUGAUGGUGUCCAAGACGUCCCUCCAGACAGCCGCCGUUAACCUGAACGUAGACGUGGUGAACAGAGCGGGUCUCAGGACCUCCAAAGUGCUUCAGUUGACGAAUUUGACAUCACUGAACGGAACAGAAGCCUAUUUUGGGCCAAUGGGUGUGAAGACAGAGGAAAUCAGCCAAUCAAGUGUCCGUGUAACGUGGCAUCACUCUCCGAGCUGCUAUCCCCGGACCUUCAUCUGGAUAAACUAUGAAUGGGACACUGGACAUUCUGACAUGAUCAAAGUUUACAAGGACGCCACUUACUAUGACCUGACCGACCUUGACCCUAGUAGAGCCUACACGGUCAAGGUCACAACAGACUAUGGCGGAAUCAAAAGUAAACCGGUCGCUGUGUCUUUUAAGACAUUGAAUGCUCCGGCCGAACCUGGGAUUGGCAUAGGAGCCAUUGCUGGAAUAGCAGUAGGGGCUCUGUUGAUAGUAGUAGUGCUUGGCGUUGGCAUCUUCCUGUGGAAAACAGGGAAGGCAGCAGCCAUGAUGAAACGGCGGCGAAGUCGCUACACCACUAGGCGCACAAAUCAGGAACGUCCUCGUGGAAAGAUGAACAAUGCUGAAGUCAUAGUGAAGGCUUACAAGAACAAUGCAUAUGAUGUUGACGAUGACAUCUACCUGUAUGGCAGUAUGGAGUUCGGGUCGGAGCAGCUGUGGUACAUCCCUAAAGAUAAUUUGAAGCUGCAGCAGGAGCUGAAGGUGGGCAGGUUUGCUCGGAUACUCAAGGCCACGCACAAACAAGGCGGAAAAUCAACUGACGUGGUCGCAAAACUACUCAAAGAUGAUGUGAAUGAUGACAACAGACUUAUGAUGAUGGCAAAGAUCAACUUUGCAGCAACCCAGGUUGGAGAACACAGGAAUGUCCUGAAGUUUAUCGGGGCUGUUGUCAACAACGAUGCCUUGGGACCAGUGAUGGUCUUGGAAUUGUGCCGGAAAGGACAGCUGGACAAAUGGUUGUCAAGCCACCAAAAUAAGAUCAGUGAAGACAUCAUGGAGAAGAUCCAACAGUUUGCCCUUGGAGUAGCUCGGGGCAUGGACUACCUGACGAACAAAGGCAUCGUUCAUCGGAAAUUAGGGGCCCGUAACUGCCUUCUAACAUCCUCCGACGAGAUAAAGAUCACUGGAUUUGGUCCCUGCAAAUUGGAAGAGGAUGGCGACGACAAGGCUAAAUCGGAUCGAAUCCCUGUGAAGUGGACGGCUCCAGAAUGCCUUCAGUCUCUGAAGGGAGCCAAUGAGAAGAGUGACAUCUGGUCCUUUGGGGUGACUAUGUGGGAGAUCUUCAGCAUGGGGAAGACUCCAUACGAUGCUGUAAGAAGUCGAGAUCUUCCUACAAAGAUUCAAAACGGAUACCGACUCGAAAGACCUGAACUUGCAGAAGAUGUGCAUUACGAACUAAUGCGAUGCUGCUGGAAUAGCUCUCCCGAAACACGGCCGACAUUUGCCGAGGUGUUGGGGAAACUCCAGGCCACGUUCGGUCUCACACCAUCUUCUGAUGAAACAUAUUAUUACGCUAGUUAGUUUAAUAAUGUCGAAUGUACCAAAUUUGAGUUUGUAGCAUCAGAACAGAUAUGUUUUUAAUUUGUAACCAUUGCACAGUUUCAGAUUAUAUUAUUUCCAAGUCAUUUCUGUCAAUACUUAUACUGUUGUGGGUUUGUUUAGGUUGUAUUUUAUGGUGUAUCUUCGCUGCCAUUGUUUAGAUAACUGUCAUUAUUUGUGUGAUUAGUAUCUGUGUUUACAUAUAAUAAUAAGAAUAAUAGUCGUCGUAGAAAUAACAUUUUACACAAGAGAGAGGGGGGGCAUGAUUACACAAUUAUUCAAUCUGACACGCUGAUAGAUAUGAUGUUAGUCUAUGACCAUGCAUCUUUUGGGGGUGUUAAUAUAUUUCAUAUUCAUGUAGAUUAACAGUAACAUCAGACUUCUCGCUGAUGAUACGUCCAUUUAUGUUAUCGUAGACGAUCCCUCUGAAGCAGCUAACUGCUUAAAUGACGAUCUAGAAAAAAUAUCUAAUUCGGCCAAAACGUGGCAAGUUACUUUUAAUCCUUCAAAAACAGCAACUAUGCAGUUCACGCGCAGAAAUGUUCUCACCCCUAAGCCUAACUUAUUUAUGAAUGGGAUUGUUAUCCAAGACGUUGAAAGUCAUAAACACCUCGGAAUAACACUGCAGAGCGUCUGUUCAUGGGACGCACACAUUCGCAACGUUAUAAAAAAAUGUUAGUCCCAUGAUUAAUUGUCUUAAAAGUUUCAAAUAUAGCUUGUCUAGAAUAACACAAGAAACCAUGUACAAAUCCUAUAUUCUUCCUUUCUUUGAUUACUGCUCUCAUAUUUGGGACAACUGUACAGAUCAGCAAGCCCUAACUUUAGAAAAACUACAUCUAGAUGCCCUUAGAACAAUAUGUGGUGCUGUCCGUGGAACAAGCCAUGAAAAGAUUUAUCGCGAAACUUCCUUCACUUCUUUGAGUGAAAGGCGAAAA